UGUACGCUACGCACCACUAAACAGUUUGUUUAUGUUUAAUAUUUGCUAUAUUUUGAGCGUUGUACGCCUUCGGUCGUUAGUUCUUAUUAUUUUGUUGUUUUGCCAGAGGAGCCAAUGGUUCUGCGAAUUUCAACAGCAUCAAUUCCUCACCGCAAGGAAUUUAUUUCGGCUAACAAACAUGCCGAUGAAACGCUGAAAAACUGGUACGACCGUUUAAAAGUCCUAGCGAUCGCAUGCGAUUACGGAAUGCAUUCGGAGGCGUUUAUUCUGAACCAAUUCAUCUGCGGUCUGGAUGCAUUGGUUCUGGAAUAUUUCCGGACGGAACAGAAGGACCUAUCAGUGAACGAUGUGUUUGAUUUGACAAAGAGUGUCGAGCUUAUAGAUGUUAAACAGGUCUUGGUAACCAUAAAAUCCGAAGAAUUAAAUUUUUCGGAUAACGAACACUACAACGACCAUACGUUCAGCGGUAGUGACGACGACGAGCAAUCCACUGCAAAUGAGGUAAGCACUGCCCGACUGAACUAUGCUCAAACCGAGGAAAACGACGUGAACAUUAGUGGGAGAAAGGAUAACAUUCAACCGAUUGUGCCAUUGCUGGCGGAAAAGCCAGGAAAAUCGCAGGAACAUCCACAACUGUUCGAGUGCUACUUUUGCCACAAAACUUUUAAAACGGCCGGUAAACUAACCUACCACUUUACGUGCUGUCACUCAAUACGAAAGUCAUCGAAAGCCACUGUUAAACGCACAAUCAGAUUACCGUCACCAGAAUCUCCAAGAUCGUACGAGUGCUAUUUGUGCCACAAGUUGAUGAACACUGUUGGUCACUUGCUUUAUCACUACAACUUAUACCACACAAUUGGCAAAACGUCAACCUGUACGCUGUGCGGAAAAUGGAUUAGUGACGGUAGCAAUAUGGUACGCCACUUGAAUUCGCACCUCGAUGAGAAAGAGUAUCGCUGUGAUGUAUGCAAUGUGGGACUCAAAAGUCUAAAAGCGUUGAAGAAGCAUUCACUGAGUCACAGCGAUCCGAACGUAAAGAAGUUCAAGUGCACCAAAUGCCCGAGGGUAUUUGUUACGAAGAUACAUUUCAAAGCGCAUUUGGAAGGGCAUAAACGGCGCGCACCAAGUCUAAGUGAAAAGUUGGACAGUUUAAUUAACAAGCGGAAAGAACAAACGACCAAAGAUGGAAAAUACAAAUGUGAUAUCUGUGCGACGCAGUUUGACAAAGAACGCGAGCUAACGGCCCAUUCGAAAGUGCACAACGAAAGCAAAUUACUAUGCCAUCUGUGCGGAGCCAAACUGAUGACCAAACGGAAUUUGAUCGUUCAUUAUCUUGUGCACACCAACCUGAAACCAUUUGCAUGUGACGAAUGCGGUAAAAGGUUUUCCACCAGUACAAAAUGCAAGAGGCACGUUCGGAACCAUGCAGGUACUCUAGACCGACCACAUAAGUGUACGCAUUGCGAUAAGGCGUUCAUCCAAAAGAGUCAUCUGGCCGAUCACAUGAAAGUGCACUUUCCCGGUAAUCAGCGAUUCAAAUGCGAUCAAUGUCCGAAGCACUUUUUUAAAGAAGACCAAUUGACCAGACACAAGCUUAUACAUGUCGGUAUAACGAAGCCAUGGCAAUGUAAUUUUUGUGAAAAAAGUUUCAAGACAAACUAUCUUCGUGUGGAACACGAGAGAAAGCAUACUGGCGAAAGACCGUAUGAGUGUCCAAUUUGCGGCAAGCACUUCGCACAGCAGUCAUCUCUUCGAGGUCAUAGAAAUAUUCAUUUGAGGCCACCAAAGCCACCGGCAGAUCGAACGAAAAGGAAGAGGAAGCAGAAGACAGAUAGCUCGAUUGGAAACACUACAUACCCUACAGUUACUGUAGAGGCAACAGAUGCAUACGAAGCAAUGGUUCUACGAAUAUCAACCGCAUCAAUUCGCUACCGCAAAGAAUUUAAUUCGGCUAACAAACAUGGCGAUGAGACAUUGGAAAAUUGGUACGAUCGGCUGAAAGUCCUAGCGGAAUCAUGCGACUACGGAACGUAUUUGGAGGCAUUUGUUCUGAACCAGUUCAUCUGCGGUCUGGAUGCACUGAUUCUGGAGUAUUUGUAUGCGGAACAGAAAGACUUGUCGCUUAACGAUGUGUUUGAAUUGACGAAGAGUUUCGUGCACAGUAAUGAGCUGGUGGAUGUGAAACCCGUCUUGGUCAACAUAAAACUGGAAGAGCUGCACGGAUCAGACGGUGAACACUUCAACGACAAUGCGUACAGUGAUAGUGAUGAUGACGAGCAAGCGACUACGAAUGAAGUAAAUGAUAUGCGACAGAACAGUGCCCAAGCAGAGGAAGAUGCAAGAAACGAUAGCAUUCAGGCGAUGGUGCCAUUUAUGGCGGAAACAGCAAUUGAACCGCCCGAAGUCCCAAGAUUGUUCGAGUGCUAUUUGUGUCACAAGACCUGGAAAACGGCGGGCAAUUUAACUUAUCACUUCACCUGCUACCACACAACUGGAAAAACAUCGAAAUGCAAUCUGUGCGGAAAAUGGAUUAAAGACGCCAGCAACAUGGUUCGUCACUUGAAUUCGCACUUCAAAACGAAACAGUUUCGGUGUAGCAUGUGCGACUCGGAAUUCGCUCGGUACACGUCGUUGAAAAAGCAUUUACAGAGCCACAGCGAACCGAACGCAAAGGAGUUCAAGUGCUCGAAGUGUUCGAAAGUAUUUAUUACGAGGAUACACUUCAAGGCACAUUUGAAAGACCAUAAACGACCCGAAGUCAGUUUGAGUCAAAAUUUGGACAAUUUGAUUAAGAAGAAGAAAGCCAAAGCAAAAUCGGCUGCGCAAGGAAGCCACCAAUGUCCCAUUUGUUCGACUUUGUUUGUCAAAGAAACCGAGCUAAAUGUCCACAUGAAAGUGCACACCGAAACCGAAUGGCUUUGCCACCUCUGCGGCAAAAAACUGAUGAACAAACGGAAUUUGAUCCAUCACUAUCGGGUCCAUAGUGAUGAGAAGCCGUUUGCGUGCGACGAAUGCGGUCGCACUUUUGCGUCCAAGGAGAAAUGGAAGCUGCAUGCGAAGGGUCAUAGUGGCAUUCGACCGCACAGUUGUACGCAUUGCGACAAGUCAUUCAUCCAGAAAGGUCAUCUGGUCAAACACAUGAAAGUACACUUUCCCGAUGAGCGCAGAUUCAAGUGCGACCAAUGCAGCAAGGACUUUAGUAAGGAAGAACGAUUGGAGAAACAUUUGCUUAAACAUGCCGGAUUAAAGCCGGUGCGAUGCAAUUACUGUGAAAAGAGGUUCAGGUCGAAUAACCACCGGAUUGAACAUGAAAGAACGCACACCGGCGAAAAACCGUACCGUUGCCCAAUUUGCGACAAAUGUUUCGGACAACGAGCCACUCUAAGGGGUCAUGUGAAAAUUCAUUCGAAGCCACCAAAACCGAAAUCAGAUCGUCCAAAAAAACGAAGAAAACCGAAGGUGGAUAACACCAUUGGAUACAGUAUAGUAGAGGCUACAGCUGCAUAUCUGGGUUAAAAUAUUGUCGUGUGUAUAAUUUGUAUAAUUAACUUUCGAUCUUUUACGGUCCAAAGAUGAUAAAUAUUUGAAAGUAAAA